ACCAGUUGUGUAGCAGGUAAAUUCGUCGCUGAAUUAAAUUUAUUUUUCUUAGUGGUUUCGGAAAAUAUUUGAGCUAUGAGUUGCAUAAAAUAAAAAUUGUAAAAUCUCUCUUCAUGAUUUAGCUACAGCAGGUCACCAAAAAUGAAUUAUAAAAAAUAAAUAGACCUUUGUGAUGAUUACGGAAAUGGUCCGUAUGUUGAGAAAUGGAGCGACAAAAGUGUAAUUCACUUCAAAACUUUGACGAACCUAAAUCUGAAAUAUUGAAAAAAAGAUUAUUGAAGGCUUCUAACACAUGUACCGGUGUUAAUAUCUCCCAGAACAAUGCACACAAUGUGCUAUUGAACACAUUACGUGCGCCAAGUUCGAACAGCAUGAUUGUCUCUUCGGUGCAAGCGCCGCAGAGCUCCAUGUCCAUCACCCAUAAUUUAGUAACUCAUCCAAUUGCACCUGUAAAAAUUCAUCCAAACAAUUCUCCUUAUCAGCAUAUGCAGCUGUCCACAGUUCAUGUGCCGGUGCAGAUACCUGGGUCAACCUCCAAUAUUAAUGUUCCUGUGCAGCUUUCAAGUGGCACAAGCAGUGUUCCACUGCAGUUAGCACCCUGCAGUCUUCCAUUGCAAGUUUCCGGCACAACUACUGUGCCUGUCCAACUCCCAGCAGGAGAGACCAUCAAUGUUCCCUUACAGAUCCCUGGUAACCAGAACAUCCAGCUCACUGGUCCUUCCUUGCCAUCUAUGCCUAUUCUUCAAAACACAGCUCAAUCCCUUCAUAAUUCAAUUAUACAUCUACACAUGGGUUCAAAUACUAGGCAGGCGACUAUAGAUGGAACACAGGACAUAAGCAUAGGCAACCAACAGCUACAACUGCAGGAUUCAGGAAUGCAAGUUAAGAUGAACUCAACACCUGUGUCACAAGGACAAAUGGCAUCUAAUUCAACUAUUGUCCAAAUCCCAAAUUCAUCAAAUAGUUCAAUACAACUUCUACCAACUGCUGUAAACACUGGGGCUGUACAAUUGCGUGGCACAGCACGCACAGUCCCUCAUGUGGUUUACAUUCAAACUCCAACGGGGCUUAAACCUGUUGCCAACACAGAAGUUAUAAGUCAAGCAAGCACCAGUGGCAAUCCCCCACAAAUAAUUGUACGCAGACCAGUUGUAAGUACACCAAACAUUCAUGUUAUAUCUAAUGUUGGGAAUAAACCUAAUAUAGCACCUAAACUACCAGGUCAGAAAGGGAACUCAAUCCUUGCCCCAGCUAAUAGUGCUCAGCCAAUUGUGAUACAAAAACCAAAAUUAAAUGAAAAAAUGAUGGUCCCAGUUAGUAUAGCUCCCAACACAGCAGCAACAAAACAAGCUAUGACAUACAUAGGGUCCAUACAAAAGCCAAACAUUAAAAAUAUGCCCGAUAAGCAAUCAAUCCUUAUAUCUAGUAAUCAGGCAACUGUUAAUCCUAACAACCAAAAACUGUAUAUAACUCCUGUAAUUCGACCUCCCAGGAUGCAGAGUACGAAAUUUAUUUUGCCAGUGACUCUGCCUGCAACAAUGGCUACUAAAGGACCUGUAAUCAAUCUGCAAAUAGCUAAUGGGCAAAUCCAAAAUGACCCCCAAGGCAACAUAACUGUUAUGAGAGAUACACCAGCAGAGUCUACAGAUGUGACAUCAUUGGCGAAAAUGGUUACAGUGAAUGGCACAGAAUGUUCAGUACCUGAAAGUUCUAAAUCUGAUAAGCAGUUUACAAUAUCAAUUUCUGGUUCAAGAGCAGAGCCAACAGGAGAACAGGGAGAGUAUUCAUUGUCAAUACCAGAAACAAAUGCAUCAAUGAAUGAUGACAUUUACACAGUGUCUAUUGCUAAUGAUGAAGGUUCUCGAGAAAAAUCAUUUACACUAGCAAUCCCAGAGAAAGGAAAGAGUCUUUUGAACAAGAAUUGUAUAGACAGGAAUGAUGUGACUUUAACGGUCGCAGCACCGGCGAUAUUACGUCGCUCUAACUCUGAUAACACUGAACGGAAAGCAGUUAACGCUAAUAUUAAACGACGUAUAUCUUUGUGUGCUGAGAAUUUUAAUAAAAAUAUCAAAAUGAGUCAGCCCUUUGUAACAACCACUAUAAAAACGAAUGAACAAACUGCUAAAGUGGUUGUCAAUGAUGACCAUCGUGUGCCAUCAUUGUUUUGUGACGAGAAGUUAGAUAAAGACAGGGACUCAGAUAAUGAUGAUUACAAAGACAAAUCAGAUGCGAAAAAAACAAUGGAUAAGAAUAUAUCGAAAGUGGAAGAUAAGAGAGAAGAUCCACUUGGAUUGUUAUGGAGGAAUGGUGUUGCGGAAUUGUUAGGCAGUGAGUUGAAAUUCAAAACUAAUGAGUUUGGUCUUAUUGAUCUCAUUAAUGACACAACUCCCAAAACAUUGGAAAAGAAAGAUAAAAGCUCACCAGAGGACUUGUAUCAAUGUGAUGGAUGUGGAUGUCAUGGAAUGGCUGCCGAGUUUAUAAAUCAAAACUUCUGUAGUGUUACUUGUCAGAAUGACUACCAGAAGGCUUUUACUAAGAAGCGAGAAAGAGAAAAAGCGGAAUUAACAAAGAAGAGAAAUAAAAUGAAAAAAAUUUUAAUGUCAAAACAAAAUUCUGACUCUUUAGAAGAUAAUAAAGAAGACACUACAGAUUUGAAGCAUGGUGCAUUUCCAGAGACUCAGAUAUCAGAAGUGUUGUUGAUGAAGAUGAAUGAUGAUUUAAUGGAAAAUGACAAGUAUCCAUGGAUGUGCGGAAAAAAUGGAUUUUCCUGGAUGCGGUAUCUUGAUGUGUGUAAAGCUAAGGCGGCCCCCGUGAAGCUGUUCAAGGAUCCUUUCCCAUACAACAAGAACGGAUUCAAAGUGGGCAUGCGUUUGGAAGCAAUAGACCCUCAGCACCCUUCCAUGUUCUGUGUAGUGAGUGUGGCGGAAGUGCAAGGCUACCGGAUGCGGCUACACUUCGACGAGUACCCAGAUGUGUAUGACUACUGGGUGAACGCCGACUCCCCGGACAUAUUCCCGGCCGGCUGGUGCGAGAAGAACGGGCGGUCGCUCACGCCGCCGGCCGGCCACUCAGCCGCGCGGUUCUCGUGGCCCAUGUACCUGCGUCAGAUGAGAGCCAUUGCCGCACCACGACAGCUGUUCCCGCAUCUCACUUCCUCUACGAUAACAAAGCCCAACGGGUUCCGCGUGGGCAUGAAGCUGGAGGCGGAGGACCGCGCCAACGAGAUGGUGUGCGUGGCCACUGUUGUGGACACCCUGGACAGUCGGCUGCUCAUCAACUACGAUAGCUGGGACGACAUGUACGACUGCUGGCUGGACCCCGCCUCCCCCUACAUCCACCCCGUGGGCUGGGCGCGCGAAAACGGCGUCACCCUCACUCCGCCCAACUUUUACAAGGAUCCAGAGGCAUUUUCAUGGGAGGCGUACUUGGCAGAGACGAUGUCGUCGGCCGCGCCGCCUCGCGCCUUCAAGUCGCGGCCCCCGGUUGGAUUCAAACCCGGCAUGAAGCUCGAGGUCGUGGACAAACGGGUACCGUUCUUAAUAAGAGUGGCGACGAUCAGCGCGGUUAAGGGUCACCAGGUCCGCGUGUCGUUCGACGGGUGGCCCGAUGAGCUGUCGUACUGGUUGGAGGACGACUCGCCCGACAUCCACCCCGUGGGCUGGUGCCUCAAGACCGGCCACCCACUUGAGCCGCCGCUCACGGCGGAGGAGGUGAGCGUGGCAGGUCCGUGCGGCGUGGGCGGGUGCCGCGGACUGGGCUCGGUGCGCGGCGGCGGCCACAAGCAGCACGCGGCCGCCUCCGCCUGUCCGUACCGCGCGGAGAGCGCCGCGCGUGCAUACGAGCCGCCCGACCGGCUCGCAACCAGAUCUUGCAGCAACUCAAAGUCCAUCCAAUCUUGUACACCCACCAGCGACUUGAUCAAAGAGAAGUUACCCCGAGGACGACCUCCCAAACAUAAAAGAGUAGAAGAAGUAGUCAAAAGCGAGCAGGUGUCCGACGAGGAGUCUGUGUCGAGUAGCGGCAAGCGGCGGCGCGGCGACCCGGCGACGGAACACUCCCGCCCGCACGGCGCUCCCCCCGCGCCUCACGCCCGCUUCGCAGCGCACGUGGCGCAUCUCGCGCUACCCGCCGACCCCGCGCUCUGGACACAGGUGACACGCGGCGGACGGCCAUUUUGGACAUUUUCUUAACAUUUGCAGCUCAAUAUAUAUUGACGACCUGUAUAGCCGAGUGGUUAGCGAUCCUACCUACUAAGCUAGAGGUCCCGAGAGGUGCAAGCAUUUAUAUGAUGAAUAUGGAUGUUUUUGUUUCCGAGUCAUGG